AUGGCUAAGAAGCUCAAUAUAUGUUUGAAUGGCGGCUCUGGAGGCGAUUGUGUUGCGAAUGACUGCGGACCCAGCAGACAAAACGAAAAGUUCGAUUCUCAACGGAGCGCACCAGUAGUGUUCCGCCUAGUUUCCACAGAGGGUCUUUCUUUUUCGGCCCUGUCAAAGUCUGCUACCUCUUCGCUAUCCUCUUUGUCCGCUUCCUCCGCGUUGCUGGCGUUUUGUUAGUCAGUUCUUUUAUCAGCCCUUGUCAUUUUUUUCCGAUUUCAAAGUGAAUUAUAUUUUCAUUAUGUUUUCUCUUAUUGCGAAAUAGGUCAAAUUUUUGGUUAAUUAGCCCUAUUAACGAUUAUUUUCUUGUUUCAUUCGUUGUUCAAAUAAAAUAUAAAAAGAUCAUAUUAUUCAUUCCAUUAUCUUAAAGAUUUUUUUCAUGUCAAUUUCCAAAAAAAUUUUUUUCGGGAAACUGAAAGUGCUUCGUGUGAAUUUUUUUUAAUUGUUGAUUCCUCAAAAAGCCGAAAUGUUAAUGAACAUGUAUUUCUGAAAAAUUAUCUUGUUAUUAUUUUGUUCCUGAAUUACUAAAUGCAAAACUUUUUCAAUUUGUAAUUCCAUUAAUUUUUUUCCAUUUGAAAAAAAUCAUUCAUUCAAUAAAAGACAAUAAUUUUUUUUCUAGCUCAGAAAUUUCAGGAAUCGGUUUUUUGAAUGUUUCAUUAAUGUGAUGGCCGACUUUGCACUACCUGCGCUUCUUGCAGUUGAGGAUUAUAAUGAAAAACGAGGUAAUCAUUCCGAAUUUGCGAGUUACUUUUUUUUAAACUGUGCUUGCUUCAAUUUUUCAUUUUUAUAAUAUGCAUUGGAAAUGAACUUAAAACAAUUUUUGAUACAGAUAUUUUGAAGAUUCUUAUUAAAAUAAAUAUUUUCAAAAGGUGAGUAUUUUAUUGUCACAAUGAAUUUCCACUAGUGAAAGUCUUCUUUUUCUCAGUGUAUAUGGAUAAACGCAGUAAAACGUCGUGAGAAAUUUUGAAAGGAUGGAGUCGUGCAUCACGAAUUUCUUGUUGCAUUGUGUAUGAGGCAGUCAGAAACUUUCCUAAGAACUGCGUGAAAGUUGCUAUUCCCGAUCUUGGGAUGAUUAAAUAUGGAAAAAACUAAUUGAGUUUUUUUAUUGAGAUAAUUUCAGGGUAAAUUAGGGGCAUCAAUACGUUGGUUAGUCGCCCGUGUCUUUGAAGAUCCUAAAGACGUGCCGGACAAGUUGCGAGAUGGAGUCCAACGUGAUGAGAAUGUGAGAAACCGACUGCUAAUGUAAUGAAGAGCGUUUUUCUUCACAGGGCCAUUUACAAAUCAGCGAGGCAGUUAUUGGAGCUCUCUGUAAAGGAUUCCUGUACUCACAGGCCGCCGCCAAAAUCUUCAAGGAACCAAAUUUAGUAACGGUAAUCCAAUGUGCAUCUUUUAUAAAGAACACUCUGACUUUGCAGAAAAGUCAUGGAGCUGUUCUGGCGGCGUUGACCGAUUACGGCGUGGAUGUUACUCACAGACCUGAGGAUGGUGGAAGCGCCAUCGAGGAGAGCCAACUUUCUUCUGCCAAUCCUUUCAACAUCGUCAGUGUACCUUUUUUCUCGCUUCAUCAAGUCUCUGUUUCAGUCUGCUCACUUGUCUUUGAUUGACGCGUUGAUGAUGGCUCAUUUGCGUAAUGUCAUUACCGUGGAAAGGGUCGUCGACGCUGUCAGGUAAUUUUUGGAUAAUUUUUGAGGAUAAUAAUUAUUUUUUUUCUAGCCGCCACACUUGUGUUGAGCCGAGUGAGAAACCGAUUGACAACGUGGACGCUCUUCUUUUUUUGGAUCAAUAAAAAUCUGUUUAUUGGUCCGCGAUGAUGUUGAAAGGACUUCGAAAGGUAUUUUCUCAUUUUCAAUGAUUGAGGAUUUCACACAAGUCGAUUUUUUUCUUGCUGUUUUUUGUUGGAGAACGCAAAAAAAUUUGUCAGAAUUGUUUGUCAAUUCGAAAAUUUCCAAUUUUUUAUUUGGAGGUUUUACCAAACAGUUUUUUCAGUUCAUUUUUUUUCAGAAACAGAAAGAGUCGAUUUGCAAAAAAAUAAAAAAAUUUAAGUUUUCCCUUCGCUCAUUAUUUUUUUCUGAUCGGUGCUACAAGUUUUUAAAUCCUCUAAUGUUCAAGCGGAAAAAAACGUUUUUUUCUAUUUAUUGAAAAUUUUUUUGCAGUUUUGGCUUUUUGAGGAUUAGCUCAAAUUCACAAAUGUCAAAAAGAAAAAUUAUUAUUAACAAUUUUCUCAUAGAAAAAAAUGCGGGAAUUCAGCAGACUUUUUCGAGAUUUUUUUAUAAUAAGUACAAUAAGCUUUAUUUCUUUGAUUUCGAAAAAUGACGAAAUAAAGUGAAAUUCAGACAUGGAUCAAAUGAUGAUCCCGGAAAUGGAAGAUCUGUACGACGACAUCAGCGACGGCCAGUGUUUGUGCGCUUUGGUCCACUGGUACAGGCCGCAGGAAAUGCCAAUAGGGGGUGCGAAGCAUUCGCGGAAUUCCUCCACUAAUUCAAUGAUUACAGACAUUUCUUUCAACGAAUCCGCAAUGACCAGAGACUGUCAAUACAACCUCAUGCUGCUACAGUAAGUUCCUUCCUACUUUAUAAAGGGUGAAACUCUUGAUUUGAAGGCAUUUCUGCCGACAUCACUUGUUGUCCAACUCUUUCCACUUCGAAAUCGAGGACUUGCUUUACCUCCGAGAUUCUUUACAAAUGAACGUCAACGUCUUCUUGGCCGAUUUAUUCGUUUAUUUCGAACCGAAUGUGACUCCUACCCCGGGUUAGUUUUCAAGUGAUUCUCACUUUUCUGUGGAUUUAAAUUGAAAUUGAAAGAUUGUUCCAUUAUUUCAGGGUUUUUUUGUAGAAUGCAAAACUGCUUUUUCCAAAUAAAAAUUUUUAGAAAAACUUUUUCAACUUGCAAUAAUUUUAAUCAGUUUUAUUGAAACUUCUUAGCUAAAGUUUUUUUAGGAAGAUUUUCUGCGACAUCAUGAAAAAAAUAUAGAGUUUAUCGUCCGUUUGUAAAAAUCAUGUUAACUAAGAAUAGCCUCGUAGAUAAUCUCGUUUCAUUUUUAAACUCAUUUUUUUUUUUUUAAAAACGAAAAACAGAAAAAAAUUUGCGUCUUUUGAAACUUUAUUGUGUAGUUGACGUUUGAACUCUUUGGGUCACAAGAUAAACUAUUUGUUUUUCAAACAAAUAUAGGUCAUUUUAGGGCAUUCGAGAAUAAUUCUUUUCACAAUUUCGAUUAUUUUUUUGAACAAUUUUUUUGGGUCUUCUUUCUUCUUUUUCGACUUUCUGAAAUUUCCAUUCUGAAAAAAAUAAUUUUUUACUUCUUUGCAGUGGUAGAAACGCCUCGCCUUGGUCUGUCCCCGAGAAGAUUCGUCCCAGCCUCAGCCAUUCCCGACUUGAGAGCCGCCAAUGCCGCAGCUCGCAAUGCCCCGCUUCCUCGAAAUCGGCGACCUUUUGCUCCUCCAACUCAAGGACCUUCUCGAAGUACCAGCAUCAUGAGCCAGGACAGCCUCUUUGCCCCGAGGUUCUCAUCUGACCUUUAGUACAAGUUUAGCGCCUAUUUGAUACAGACCUCAAUCAAUGGCUAUGCAACGUCACAACACCGAUCAUGACGCCAACAUCACUAAUUUUGAAAUGCUUCAACAUGUGAGUGUCGUUUUGAAUGAGUGUGAACUUUUCUAUCUUUCCCAGGAAAUGGCCAAUUCACCAAACUUUGGGCAAAGCGCAUACGGCAGAAGUGACUCUAUGCCUGCUGCUUCAAUACGGUUAGCGAUGGAGGCGAAAAGAAGAUCACACGAAAAACAACGCGCCAUGUACAAGUGAGAGUUUUACUUCAUUUUUACUCACAGUUCAUUUGAAAAAAUAUCAGGUUAAUGUAUAAAAAAAUUUUUUUUUUCUCUGAAUUUUAUGCGCUAUGCCGAACUCUUUCAAAACAUUGAAAAAAAUUUUUCUUGCGUUUGGUUUUGAAUUGACAAAGAUUGACAAGGAUCACGCAAUGCGUUUGUGACGCGGCCUCUUAGAAAAAAGUUUGAGGUCAAUCAAAAUAAUGAAAAAUGUAGAAAAAAAAUUCUGGAUUAUUAUUGUACUUCUGAUUUUUCUAAAUCUUCACAGAAUUUGAAGAAGGGCAUAAUUGAGAAACUGUCAAGUCGGGAAAAAAAUUCGAUAAAAUUCUGGCUUGAGUUUGAAUUAGAGUUUCCCGCUAAAAAAAACCGUUCCUCAUGCUGUUCAAAAGUUUGAUGAGGUUCUAACGCUGUUCUUAAGCUGACAAAAAAAAUUUUUUUUUGAAUGAGCUUUUGAAGUUCAUUCAUCCCUCAUUGAACAAUCUUUUUUACUAUUUUUCAUCUCGCGACUUUCAAAAUCACUUGCAGCACGGCUUCUGAGUCAGAAAGAGCGGAGAAGAGCAAAGCGGCGUUUUUCGCACUUCUCAACCGUGAAGAAAUGCCUGCAGACACCAACGACGGAGAUGCGCUUGCUAGGAUAGAACAGAAACUUCGGGACCUCGAAAUGAAAGUCAUGGAUUCCGGCCGACUGAACCGCGCUCUUUCUCAACCUAGUGUUGUUCAAGGUUUCCUUCAUUUGAGUCUUGAAUAAUCAACAAUGUCUCAGCUGCUGCAAAUGGAAGCAACUAUGGAACUCUCCCUAGUGACGGCUACAUGACAUUACCCGUCGGAAGCAAUCAAAUGACGCAGUCUUUUGUCCAACAUCCUCAAGCUCCCUUCGAGUACUAUCCGGUGAACCAUCAGCAACCCAGCAACUACGCGACUCCCAACACUCAGGUUUUUUUCACUUUCAAAGUUCAUUCACAUCGGUUUUUCAGAUGAGAUCAAGCUUGAGCAACGGCAUGCUCAACCAUACUGGCUACGUCUUACCACCGAUGUAUCAGGCGGAAUACGGAGGAAUGCCCGGACAGGCGCCUAUGGGCUAUGGAGAAGGCUAUGGCUACCAUUUACAACAUCCCCAACUGGGACAGGUUCCGCAAGGAUACAACACGGUAAAAACUUUCAAAGAUAUUUCGGGUUCAAAAGACACUUGAUUUAGGAAGAAACUCAUUCAAAAAAAAAAUUGAUAUAAUUAGUUCAAAUAAGUAUUCAAAUUAUUCUUUUAAGAUAUUUAUUGUACCAGAAGCAUUUUCAAUUUCAAAGUUUUCCAGAUUGCAACUAGUUCUCCAUUGUCGUACAAUGGAAUGGGAGGAGUUGGAGGAGUACCCGGCUACCACGAGAGCCCUCAGAUGAGCGCCAUGUCCGUCCAUCCGCCAUCCAACCCACUAUUGGCCGCUCAACAACCUCCUUUAUAUGGUGGAAAUCAUCCUUCCAUGGAUGUGCCACAUUACGAAAAUCCAGCCAACACAUUCCAUCUGCACAACGAUGAAGUGACUAUUUUCUUUGAAAUAUCCUAACAUAAACUGUAAAUUUCAGGGCGCAGCCAAUCAGAUCGAUCCGCCAUUGGAAAUCAACCGGAAUCUAACGAAUUGGGGAAUGACUUAUAAGCAGGUGAGGUUUCCCAGAAUAAUGUUCGAAAAUAGACUUUUUUCAAGGAUAAUGGGAGAAACCAAAGACGUACUUGGCAAAACGAAACAUUUAUCAAAAACGAGCUGGACCUCGUUAACUUACCCGAUCAUGUUCCACACGUCACCGACGAGGUUUUUUUUUCCAUUUGAUGAAUAAUCAGAAGUAUUUGUUUCAGACGUCGACUCAGCCAGAAGAAGCAAGGAAACUUCAAGAAAUCACCACGAGCGAAUUGAUUUCCAGAGAAACCGGUAGGCUCCUCCUGGUCAAAUCUCACAUUUGAUAUUUUUACAGUAUCCACUUACAAUACCAUGCCUCCGAACGCUUACUCAAAAUCUAAUGAAAACAACGAGGCAACGUAAGGCUGAUCCUCCAGUUUUUCAAAGAAAUCUGAGAGAUUUCAGGACACCACCGUCAUUCGUUGUCGCUGCGGAAGAAGCAGCUACUGACAACUUUGACAAGAUUGUGAGCUUGAAUUUGAAGUAACCAAAAUUUUAUUUUUGUUUCAGGCUAACGAACGAAGAAUUGCUAGAAAAGCCGCUCUCAUUGCAAAAACGAUGAAAAGAAAAGAAGAAAUAGAAAACAAGGUAGUCUCAAACUCAUGCUUUAUUCAUAGCUGCCGGUUGUUUCAGGUCGACAUGGCUGAACAGAAAAUAGCAGAGAGAAAAAUGCUCGAAAACGCAAAAAAAGAGGUUGCGCAAAGAAGGAAACUCGAGAAAGAAAUACAAAGGUUGAAUUUUGACUCCCAUUCUGAGAUACUGAAAAGAAUGUUGAUUUUACAGGCAAAAAAUUUUGGACGACUAUAAGAAAAAGAAGAUAGAGAAGGAGCUGGGAGUCGAUCUCCCAUCGGCCAGAUCAAGCUCCCGAGGUCAUUCCCAACCGCCAUUUGUACGUACCAAAUCUCAAAUGAGCGACUCUCCGGAAAAGACUAGCGGAAUACAAUCGGCCAGAUUGCGUGGUCAGUCUUCCGUCGAGCAGCGAGUCACUGUGAGCAGUUUAAACGAACCGAGUGAGUUGAAACUAAGAAGAGCUAACAUUUGCGAUGAUUUUUAGCCCACAAACUGUUUGGCAAGCCGGUCACCAAAUCCAACCGAGGUCUCAUUAUCAACGCCCUUCAGUUCAGUGUUUUCCCAGGAGCUGUGAACAAUGCGACCAGAAAUGCGGUUUGCAUUCUUUUUUUUGUUCAAUUUUCAAUAUCAUCGCACUUUCCAGACUAUGGAACAGUUAGCCGCUUCAAGUUCAAAACACUUUUUGAUUUUAUUCCGUGACCAAAAAUGCCAAUAUCGUGGCUUGUACACUUGGGACGAGGUUGUUAUUUAAAAAACGGUUCGAUCAAAUUUUUAGUUUUAGAUUUCUGAUACAGCAGUCAAAAUAUCCGGGCAGGGACCUCCAAAGUGCACGGAAGCCAUGAUGAACAUGAUGUUCAAGUGAGUUAUUUUUAUGAACAGGAACGUUGUAAGCUCUAAGUUUUUUGAGAACUUCCAAAAAAAAAUUUCGGGUUGAUUUUACAAGUGUUCUAUAUUUUUUUUCAGUGGGUUUGUAUAGAUGAGUCUCAAAAUUUUAGGUAAAAUUUUUUUGUUCCUCACUGUUCAUUAGGGACCGUCAUAAGUUUUGUUGCUUCAAUUGAAUAUUCAAGAAUUUUUUUUUCCUGAAAAAUCUGGGAAAACUUGGCUGAUACACAUGAUACACAUGACUUCAUGUUAUUUCCGAAAAAAUCUCAAAAAAAAUGUUAAUAAUAGUUUUGAUCAUAUUAUUGUUCAGGUAUGAUUCCGGUGCAAAAAGCUUCACUCAAAUCGCCACGAAACAUCUGUCGGCGACGAUCGAUGGGUUUGCGAUACAAGACCAAUACUGGCAGAGGGCACGGAUCCCUCACAGCGGCACGGCUACUCAUCGAAACAACUGA